CAUGAUCAGAGUAUCAUCGAAAACUGAUAUGCAGGGGAAAGAUAUCUUCUUUAUGGAGAUUUUCAAAGAUGUCAUUCCAGAAGACUGGGUUCAGUAAAGAGCUUCAACUGAAAGGCAGCAGAAAUAGAGAACAAGAAGAGGGAAAAGGAGAGAAAGAGCAACAUGGAAAGCUUUGCAGUGGAGAAUGGUAGACAGAAGAAGGCAGCAACAACAACCUUUGGCAUGAUACGCAGGGGAAAUGCUUCUGAUUUGGCGAAGAUGAAGCCUCAUUUCUUUAGGGUCAUGCUGGAUUUCAUGCUUCAGGAUGCCAAGAUUAGUUUGUUGAGUAUGCUCCCUUUCUCGAUCAGUUCAAUGACAUGUGCUUGUGUUAUGCUGGAAUACAAGAACCAAGAAAGGAAAUUGCCUCCACAAAUCCAAAUUUCUCCAUCACCGUAAGUGCAGGUUCGAGCUCAUCUCCGAGGGCCAAAUGAAAGCUGAGUGUUCGG